AUGGAUUGGUUGGCUGCCAAUCACAUUCUCAUAGAUUGUGGUGAGAAGAAGUUAGUAUUCCCUGAUGAAGAAGAAGAGAAUUCGAUAACGCUCGGUCAACUAAGAGAAGAUAUCAUGGAAGGUGCCAACUAUUUUCUGAUAAUGACGCAUACAGAUGAAGUGCUCGAGGAGUUGAGUUAUGACCGAGCGGUUAGUCGCGAGCGAAGUGGAGAACGAUCAGUUGUGAAUGAAUUUUCAGACGUUUUUCUAGAAGAAGUACCCGGACUACCUUACCCUCGCGAGGUAGAGUUCACAAUUGAUUUGGUGUCGGGAGCAGGGCCCGUCUCUAUAGCGCCAUACCUGAUGUCUCCAGCCGAGUUGGCCAAACUGAAGAAGCAAAUUGAAGAUUUAAUGGACAAGCAGUUCAUUCUGCCAAGUGUGUCACCUUAA